UUUUUCUUGCCAUUUAGUAGUCCAUAAAUAAAUGCAGAACCAGAAAUGAUAGCAGAGUCCUUAAUAAAUGACCCCAUCUUUGUACUGUUAGGAUAGCUGAGUUUCCUUUGUCUUCUCAGCUUUGACCACUUGGCACGCUACGCUACGUUGCAUUUUCAACCAUCACCCUUUUGUGUUCAACUAGUACUAUAUAAUAGUGGACACCUCGGUUGUUCACUUGUUUUUGUUUUCUCGUAUAUCUCAGUGUUGAUCUUAAAGGGGAAAAUGAGUUACUUGGGUUUGGGUGUUAGUCCAGGUACUGUUCCAGUGUACCAUGGAACAAAACUUAAAGUGUUGGAUAGGAGGGUGAGGAUAACAGAGCUGGUGUUAAGGUGUGUGAGCCUUGGUCUUGGAGUUGUUGCAAUUGUUCUUGUGGUGACUGAUUCCCAAGUCAAAGAGUUUUUCUCCUUUCAGAAGAAAGCUAAAUUUACAGACAUGAAGGCUUUAGUGUUCUUGGUAGUUGCGAACGGACUAACUGUUGGCUACUCCUUAAUUCAAGGGUUGCGCUGUGUUGUGAGUAUGGUUAGGGGAAAUGUACUUUUCAGCAAGCCCUUAGCUUGGCUCAUUUUCUCUGGUGAUCAGGUGAUGGCAUAUGUGACGGUGGCUGCAGUGGCGGCUGCAUUGCAAUCUGGGGUGCUUGGAAGGACAGGGCAAGCAGAACUUCAGUGGAUGAAGGUGUGCAACAUGUAUGGGAAAUUCUGCAACCAAAUGGGAGAAGGGAUAGCAAGUGCUUUUGUGGUUAGCCUUAGUAUGGUGGUCCUCUCAUGUAUUUCUGCUUUUAGUCUCUUCCGUUUGUAUGGCACCAACAAAAACAAAUAUGCAGGUUGGUAGGUACUAUUGGGAGCUACCAUCACCAUGGUUUCUUCAAGUUAACAACCAACCUACUCCACUUACCACUCUUUCUUGAUCAACAUAGUAGUAGCUUUCUAAUUUGUAAGGCUCUUUGUUAUAGUGAAUUAUGAAUUAUGACGCAAAUAUGUGCAUUUCGGCUGUCA